AAGUCAUUUCACCUUUGGGCUGCUUAGACUUUAGUCUUCGUGGUUCAUUCUUUCUCAUUGUCAAUAUUCAGACACCAGCGGGUUGCCAUCAUUAAAUAGUGGUAAUAAGUGCCUUCAGUGUAAAAUUGUUUGUAUACCAUUUUAGAAUCAUUAAUACAAUUCUGGAAAACCUACGAAACGUACUGUUUCAAUUUAAAAGAGUAUCCUAAUUAGAAAAACAUGACAUUUGAGAUAAGUAAUGUGAAGCAGCAAAUUUAUUUAGAACAUACGCUAACUUUCGAAUCGAAAUUCGUAAUGCCUCCCCUGGAUAGUGUAGAAUUUCCAGUCCUUACUUUGCAUGAUAAUAGACAGUGUAUUUUGAAAAUGACCAUAGAGUCAACUUUUACGGCAGGGCUUCAGAAUGUCGAAAUAAGUUUAGAAACUGUAAAGGAUUUCCAUUUCAAACCGAACGAACAAAUCACAGUAUAUAUCACAGCAUAUAACCAUCCAUCUCCUAAAUCUAGAUGCAUAUUACAAUUGUUUAAAGUUGAAAGCAAAGUAUUUAGAGGUCAAGGAUAUUCCGAAUUUGAUUCCUCUGGCCACAAGUUAAUUACUGUGUGUUUUGAAAUAAAUAUCAAAGAUUAUUUUUCUUCAGUUGUAAUUGAAGAUUUCACAUUGUUAUUGAAUAGUCAACAAGAUAGUGACUUCACUAUUGAAGCAAGGGACAAAUCAUUUAAAGUUCACAAAAAUAUUGUUACCAAGCGAAACCAGAUACUAGCCAACAUGAUUAAAACAGAUAUGAUUGAAAAGCAGUCAAAUAAAAUAAUUUUGAACGAGUGGCAACCUGAAAUUGUAGAAAUAUUUUUAACAUUUUUAUAUACCGGUACAUGUGAAAUAGAAAAUAAUUAUAUUGAAUUAUUCCAACUAGCGCACUUUUUGCAGCAAUUUGAUUUGGUAAAAAUUCUUGAUGAUUAUAUGCAGCGUAAUAUCAGCCUGGACAACUUUGUUGACAUCUUCGAAAUGGCUGAUAUGUACAGCCUUAAAGAUUUGUACGACGCAGUAUUCACAUUUUUUAUUAUCAAUGAAACGAAAUGCGUUAAACAUGAAAAAUUUGAACCCUAUCUUCGAAAAUCAAUUCAAAUAUCAAAUAUAAAAUUUGUUUUGGAAAUCGCUGAAAAUUACAACAUGAAAGAAACUUUAAAAUAUGCGAUAGAUUUUGUUAUACAAAAUUAUCAAAAAAUCGCUGAAAUUCCAGAAAACCGAACUUUCCUACAGAAUAAACAUGAAUUGCUUUUCAAAUUAUUUGAACAUGCCAUUGAUUAUUCACCAGAUGAGUUAUAGUGAAUUUUAAAAAAAUUCCUUUUUUGAAGUACUUUCCAUUACGUCAUUCUUAUAAUUAGCAUAGAGAUCAUUCUAAUUUUGUUAUGUAUUUAUAAAUUAUUCUAUUCCCGUACCACUCAUCGUAUACCUACUUAUUUUUUUUGUACAAUUUUCAAUAAUA